UUGAACCAUCCAUUACAAUUAUCCACUUCUCUAUCCAUUUUAAUUUCAGUUUCCCUUUUCAAAAUAUCUUCUCUUUUUCAAAUUUACCAAUUAAUUCUGUAGAUAACGAAAAACAAUAAGCUUCUGAUUAAAAUCAAUUUAAACCGCAAAACCAAACCGAAAUAGAAUUUUAAACCGAAACCGGUUUAAUCGCGAGAUCGCAGUGAACACUCUUCUUCUUCGCCUUCUCCUUGUGGAUUACUAAAUCGAUGGAGUUCGGAUCCAGACGAACCUACACGACGAUGCCGUCCAAGCUCCGAUCUUCACGUCUCUUACUCAUUUCUCUCCUCCUUCUCCUCUUCUACUCCACCACCCUUCUCCGCCGUCCCACCCCUCCAAACCUCCUCUCUCCUCCGCCGUGCGAUCUCUUCUCCGGCCGAUGGGUCUACACUCCAGAAACCCCGAAGCCCCUGUACGACGAGACGUGCCCGUUCCACAGAAACGCUUGGAACUGCUUAAAGAACAAGCGAGAGAACAUGGAGGUGAUCAAUUCGUGGAGAUGGGUGCCCGACGGGUGCGGGCUGAGUCGGAUUGACCCGACCCGGUUUCUAGAGAGGAUGAGGAACAAGAACAUAGGCUUCGUAGGGGAUUCUCUGAACGAGAAUUUCGUGGUUUCGUUGCUGUGUAUACUUAGAGUGGCAGAUCCGAGUGCUGUCAAGUGGAAAAAGAAGAAAGCUUGGCGUGGUUCUUACUUCCCUAAGUUUAAUGUCACUGUGGCUUAUCACAGAUCCGUUCUUCUCGCUAAAUACAACCGAGAAGCUAAUGAAGACGGAGUUAAAGGAGCUUAUCGAGUAGAUGUUGAUGUUCCUGCUGAUGAGUGGAUCAAUGUCACUAGCUUCUACCAUGUUCUCAUUUUUAACUCUGGCCAUUGGUGGGGUUACGAUAAGUUUCCUAAAGAGACACCUCUUGUCUUCUACCGAAAGGGAAAGCCGAUACAUCCUCCUCUUGAUAUAAUCCAAGGAUUUGAAGUAGUCCUUCAACAUAUGGUUUCUUAUAUCCAGCGACAAGUCCCGGCAAAGACCCUUAAGUUCUGGCGCUUGCAAUCACCGAGGCAUUUCUAUGGCGGUGAUUGGAACCAGAACGGUAGUUGUUUGCUCGAUAAACCACUCGCCAAAGACCAGCUUGACUUGUGGUUUGAUCCCAGGAACAAUGGAGUGAACAAAGAAGCAAGAAGGAUUAAUCAAAUUAUCAAGAGCGAGUUGCAAAACACAGAGAUCAAGCUACUUGAUCUGACCCAUCUGAGCGAAUACAGAGCAGAUGCUCAUCCUGCUAUCUGGUUAGGGAAACAGGAUGCGGUGGCCAUAUGGGGACAAGACUGUAUGCAUUGGUGCCUACCUGGUGUUCCAGACACAUGGGUGGAUAUCUUAGCUGAACUCAUUCUCAGUAACUCAAAAACAGAGUGAAUACAACCGAGAGGCUUGCUUGGGUUUGGAAAGUCAAAAUAUGUCUGAAAGGAUUCACCUUUUUACUGUAAAAAUGGUUCAUUUUUUGUAGGGUUUCUUUGUUCCUUUUCCAAGAUACACACACCACCUUCACAAACACACAAACAUUUAACUUGUAUUGUGAUUCUAACUAUCUGAAAGUUUCCACCUUUGGCUUAAGAAA